AAAAGAGAAUUGAUGACAUUCUAAUUACGCCCAGAGCUGUUCCGCGUUCUGGAGUAAGAGCUGAAAGUAAAGAGCAUCGGUUACGCGAGUGUCUUCCCGUUCGCGUGAGCGACGCGUCUGCGGGUACGGCGUGACGUCACAGAGGCGCGCCUUAAAUUGCAGGAGCGCUACGGGAGGGGGGGGCUUCUUGGUUGGAUCUCCCCCUCGUGCGCUCGCGGGGACGCACUCGAGGCUGUGACACUUCAGAGAGCGCGGAGUAUCUGCGGGGGUCGGUCCUGGGGAAAUUACUCCCCUCCCCUCGCCCCCCCCCCCCAACUCUAUCACCGUUUCGAAAAUGAAAGUGGUGCGUAAACGACUUUUUGCUGUGCGUAACAGCCAAGUUCAGCGACUCAAAUUCUCCAUUUUAUGACUACAUUUGUCAGUAUGUCUCUUUAAGUUUGGACAAACGUCAAGAGUAGACUUUUUUUUUGGGGGGGGGACAAAAGCUUUUUCGGAUCUCAAUUCAGUCAUGGCUUACUCUCAGCUGGGAUACUCCUACUCCACUCCACCACAGUUUCUGAUGACCGCGACCCCCCUAGCCGGCUGCCUGGAGCCCGGAUCUCCGCCGUCCCACCCGGCGCUGCGCUCCGCGGGCCACCAGCUCACCUCCGGCCACAGCAUCGGCGUUUGCAGCCCUUACGCAAAGCGCCAAGCUUACUAUAAUAACACCUGCGCCGGCGACGCCGCAUCUCUCUAUUCGAGAGGACCACUACAGCCUAAAGGGGUGGCAGCAUCAGUGCACAACAUGGGGACCUCUCAGACAGCGACCUGCUAUCCUUAUGAAUACACGUUCGGCCCUUAUUCUUACGACAGAUAUGGUUACUCCUCCGCAGAAGGAGCUUCGCGGCGUAAAAACGCUACCCGGGAAACCACGGGCACCCUGAAGGCCUGGCUGCAGGAGCACCAGAAGAACCCUUACCCAACCAAAGGAGAGAAGAUCAUGCUGGCCAUCAUCACCAGGAUGACCCUCACCCAAGUGUCGACGUGGUUCGCCAACGCCCGCAGGAGGCUGAAGAAGGAGAACAAGGUGACGUGGUCACCGCGAGCUUGUAAAAGCUCAGACGACAGAGGCCGCGAUGAAGACAGUGACAAGUCGCAGGAAGGAGAUAAAGAGCAUCCAGAUCAACAGUCUGCCGAGCUGCAGAGCGAUCUGGAAGACUUUGACCUCCUGGAGUCCGACGCGUCCGACUGUGAACCCAAGCCAGCGUUUCCACCGGAGGACAACAAAGUGGAUUCGAGCAUUCCACCGGCUCACCUGGCGUACGACCCGUCGUCUCCGGACUUCUCCAAAGUCACGGCGCUUGGAGAGCAGAACGCCUUCUUUUCCAUGCCGGAUGCGCACGGGACGGACGACAAAGCCCAAAUCUGGUCCGUCGCUACCACGGCGGCGUCUCUGGAUCCCGGCUUGGAGCGGGAAUAUCCACCCUGCAUGCUGGCGAGCGGCUCAUCCAACAUGGCGCUGGCCAACACGGACAGGAAGCAGGAAUCACCGGUGGACACGCUGAGGGAGUGGGUGGACGGCGUUUUCCACGCCGCGCCGUUUCAUCCCGCAAAGGCUUCUUCUUCGGCGGCGUGGAGCGCUUUGAAUGACGCGGCGGCGAGCGGCAGAGCGCGAGGACAACCGUUUGCACUCGUGAGAUCAACGUCUUCGUUGUCGUAGUCAAGCGGACAUUUUCAAAGGCCGCUGGACUCGUCGUGUUGAGUUUAUACUUUUGGUGUCGUGACCCAUUGGGGUCUUCACAAGAAUCCACAUUGUUGUCGUCGUGUAUCACUGCAAAGAUGCCCGAGGGGGGGGGGGGCAAAAGAGUCUUCUCAUUUGUUGAUCUUGUUCAUGACUUAAAAGUUUGCCGCACCUUCCUAUCACAAAUAACAGACAUGCUCUGAGAUGAUUAAAAAAAACACUACGACUGAAUAUUUCCCAGUUGAGUCACACUGCAGAACCCCAAAAAGGUCUUCGUCGACACUCAACGGGACACGAUCCGAACGGUUCUCGGAUCGAGAACAUCUCCCUGCCCUCACGUGCACAAAGCGCGCCAUGUUGUACCUCUUGCGCCUUCUGCUCGACGCACACACACAAUACAAUACAUGCCGAUUGAUAUCGCGCUUUCACAACAAACAAACUACAUGUGACCAAAACAAAAGACAAAAACACCCAAAAAAAUACCCCAAAAAAAGCAAGGCUCCUGAAGAGCACUUCCCGAAGGCUGCCUCCUCGGGCGCCAUCUUCGCCAAGUCCAGUAUCGUAUUGCUCAGUUUAGUAAAUCCUCUAAAAACAAUGCUGGCUGGCCGAGUAAGUGCGCAUGUGCGUGCGCGUCGUUGAAGGGAGCGAAAUGGGGGGGGGGGGGGGGAAGUGGAUCGUAUUCAGCCGUGACUAAUGGAAACACACAGAGGAGGGUGCUGCUAAAUUGUUAAAUCGAUGCCACUUGCAGCUUCGCGCUCCAGAUAUAGCUGCAAUCGCCCAGGCGUCCCCUUUCAUUAGGCGUCUUUUGACUUUUGGCAUCCUGGGAAUUCCAGACAAGGCUUUGCCACUAAAAGGCCUCGGACAACUUAAGUCGUUUUUAAAGCGAGUGCCGCGUGCCGCGCGCUAGGCGGCGGUCGGUGGCGUCGCCACUUCGGUGAGUUUGUGCCACAAUCGCACGUGAUAGGAAUAAACAACAGAUGGUGUCGUCGACAUUAGACGGAGU